AUCUUCAAUCUUCCAACUCGACAAACUCACGACAAACGACUCGAAGCCGCCAAAAUGUCGAGCGCCAAGGUCAAGACUGCACAGCUCUGGGGAAAGAGCAAGGAUGAUCUCACCAAGCAGCUCGAUGAGUUGAAGACUGAGCUCGGCCAGCUUCGUGUCCAGAAAAUCUCUCAGGGUGCUUCUUCCAAGCUCAACAGAAUCCACGACCUCCGCAAGUCCAUUGCCCGCAUCUUGACCGUCAUCAAGGCCAACCAGCGCGCCCAGCUCCGCCUCUUCUACAAGGGCAAGAAGUACCUCCCUCUCGACCUCCGACCAAAGCAGACUCGUGCCAUUCGCCGACGACUCACCAAGCACGAGGCUUCCCUCAUCACAGAGAAGCAGCGCAAGAAGAACAUCCACUUCCCUCAGAGGAAGUUUGCUGUUAAGGCUUAGAUGAAAAUAUGAUUUGCGUGUUCUUGCGUUUUUGAUAAAGGGGUGCAUGGAAAUGGGAAUAUCAUCCUUAUGAUAAUUGGUUCGGAGCCAAAAAUUCCAAAAAUGAGAAGAAAUGGACAUGAAUCUCUUUUUAAAACAAUAUCCAUUCCUAUCAAAUAAUGAAAUCAGACUUCAUUAUCACUUCUACAAGUCCUCUAGUUCUCUUUUUGAGGGUCGUCUGGGAAUAUUACAAGGUCUUUGUGGCCAU